AUCGAAUCAGGGCCAAGUUCAGUAGUGGCUACUUAUAGAGACGCGACUUGUAGAAUCAACAAGGCAAAACAAGAUCUUGCCAGUGACUUGUCGUCGGACCACAGUACCAGUAACAACAUCUGUUGACGCGUUGUAUCCCAUAGCCUUUAGCUCAGCUGCGUUCAAGCCACCCACAAGUUUUUGAAGUCACGAUGGCGCUCCUCUCAGACCGUCAAAAAGAAGAACUGCAUAAAUCCAUGCUAGAGUACCUGCAUACGAGCAAUUUUACAGCAGCCUACAACGCAUUAAAGGAGGACACAGGGGUGGAGUAUACACCAGAUCCCAAAGCCAAGUAUGCGGGUCUGUUAGAGAAGAAAUGGACUAGCGUUAUACGGCUACAGAAGAAGAUCAUGGAUCUCGAGACCCGAAAUGCAUCUCUUCAAGAAGAACUAUCAAUUGCUCCAUCAAAACGUGCCGCAAUGCAGGCGGAUUGGGUACCUCGUGCUCCCGCAGCACACGUAUUGACUGGCCACAGAGGUCACAUCACGCGCGUCGCUUUCCAUCCACAAUACUCGAUAUUAGCCUCUGCAAGCGAGGAUGCAACAGUGAAGAUAUGGGACUGGGAAACAGGCGACUUUGAACGGACGUUAAAGGGACACCACCGUGCCGUCCAUGAUGUCGAUUUUGACCAUAAGGGACACUUGCUCGUGACAUGUUCAUCUGACCUAUUUAUCAAGAUAUGGGACUCUGAAAAUGAGUGGAAGAACACAAAGACACUAUCAGGGCAUGAUCACUCGGUAUCCUCGGUCCGAUUUAUGCCAGGAGAUCAAUAUAUUGUCAGUGCAAGUCGAGACAGCACAAUUCGCGUUUUCGAUGUUGCAUCAACACAUCUAGUUCGAACGAUCUCUGGUCAUUCAGAAUGGGUGCGUUGUGCAGUGCCCUCAGAUGAUGGCCGGCUACUUGCAAGCGCGUCAAAAGACAAGACUGCAAAAUUGUGGGAUCCUCUGACUGGAGAAUGCAAAGGAGAGCUAAGAGGGCAUGAUAACGAGUUGGAAGCGGUUUGCUUUGCACCCGUGGCUGCAUACGCCGCCAUUCGUGAGCUUGCGGGCCUGCCAAACGUGGGUCCCAAGGGUCCCGGGGCUUAUGUCGCUACUGCAUCCCGAGACAAGACCAUCAAGCUUUGGGACGUCCAGAGCGGACAGAUGAUUAAGAACCUUGCCGGACAUGACAACUGGGUGCGCGCACUUGUCUUCCACCCCUCCGGCAAGCUCCUUCUGUCUGCGGCGGACGACAAGACAAUACGUGUGUGGGAGCUGUCCACAGGGCGAUGCAUGAAGACCGUAGAGGCACAUUCUCACUUUGUAGCAACGCUUGCAUGGGGUCGGCAGAGGGUUUCCACAGCGAAAUCAAACGGCGCGGACGCGAAGGCUGGCGAAGCAGAAAAGCUCGUCAAUGUUGUUGCCUCUGCUGGCGUUGACCAGAUAAUCAAGAUAUGGCUUCCAUGAUACGUUCACUCAGAGAGCUUAAGCUACACUUUGAAUUUGGCAGUAUAUGCGCUUUCGCACUUCGUUUCCAUUCUCUGCGAGGCCUUAGUGAGUCCUUAGCCUUCCCAUGGGUCUCGUAGCGGGGGCUGAUAUGCACU